AUGUCGACCCAACAGGUGCUCGUCUUGUAUCAGCCCGGUCAGGCUUCAGCGUUGAUUGCCAUAGUAGUUUUCGCGAUACUAUCCAUUCUUGCUAUCGCGUUCGUGCCCUUGCGUUCCGCCUGGGUCUACGUCCGCGCUAUCGUGUUUAGGCGCAAGUUUAAAGAGAACCCCACUGAGUAUCGCUAUCAAGAACAGCGGUUCUUCUUCUCCACGCAACUCGGUGCCUACACUGCGUCGAUGCUCUGCGGUAACUUCUUGAGCAGUCUGGCGUUCGCACUCGACUCUGAAUGGGUUCGGCGGAGGGCUGUAGAGAGAGACUCGAUAUGCAUGGCGCAAGGCGCACUCGGUCAAGUGGGCCACAUGGCGACGGCGUUCUUCACCGCUACGGUGGCAGUUCAUUCGUUCAAUUCGCUUGUACUGCGCAAUCGGCUGCCCAGGUGGGCAUGCGUCAUCGUCCUCUUGGGAGGUUGGAUCACGGCUGUGGUGGUAGGCAUCGUUCCUGCGGUCGUCUCCGGUGCGGUCGGGCCUGUCUUCAGCUACGACGGCCUGUCUUGCGGUGUCGCGUGGCAGUAUCCCGCGGCACAGAUCAUCCUGCUACUUGUUCCUCUUUUCAUUUCUGCUUUAUGCUCCGUGGUAUUCUACGUCCUCAUCUUUCUCGUGCUCCGCGGAACGCUGGUAUUCAAGAACGGACUCAAGUUUCACCUGGAUCCAGAGGUCCGUCGGAGUGUGCUCGAUGCCAAUGGCACUCCGUUGCAGUAUCAGCGGUUCAUCGCCGCGGUAGUGAAAAGCAUGCUUUGUUUACCCAUCGCUUAUCUGGCACUCCUAAUUUGGUACAUCAUCGUUGUUCUGUUGCAGGCUUCUGGCAAGAGCGUUUCGUUCGGGUUCCAGGUGUUCGCAAGCACGAUGAGGGCGAUGCUUGGUCUGGCCAACGUUCUGAUCGUACUGAACACAAUGCGAAUUCUAUCCCCGCACCUCAAAGGCCGCUCCGACUCGAGCAAGUCGAAGCGCGAGGCGGACAUGGAAAGCUUCUAUGUACCAAGCAAGUCUCCUCCAUUCACCUCGCCUUCAGAGAAGACUCCGCCCGUGCCGCGUCUGACGUUGAGUGCGCCCUCGCCCGCCUCGAGCGGCGGAUCCGAUUCUGGGCGCUUGUGGAUACCGCCAGUAGACAUACCUGUCCCACGCCCCGCGUCGCACGCCUCGACGAUAAAUAGCAUGACUGUGCGCAAUCAGGCCGGCCCAUCACUUCCGUCUAGUCCCCGCGCAGGGCUACCUUCGCAGCCUCCGUCCUUCGGGUCCGCCUUACGUAUUCCCGAACCUGCCUUCCAGAAGACCGCGCAGAGCAGAGACAGUGCUAGAUGGUCCAAUAGCUUGCACGUCGAUGUUCCGCUCCCUGGCCGGCCAUCGCCUCCGCAUCGGCCUGUGCGGCCUCCGACAUCACCUCACUCGCGCAACGUCCCGCCUGUGAACGCGAAUACCUCCGUUGACUCUAACAAGCCCAAUGCGCCGACCGUAAAGAGAGUGGCCUUUGACGACCGUGAAAGCAAAUAUGUGCAGGAGAUCCCGAGAGUCACGUCCCCCUUGGCCAACACUCCUGCAUCGCUUCCUGGUUCAUCAGCUGGGUUUAGGUCCUCGCCUGCAUUCGCGCGAACGUUCAAUGAGGCGAAUCUCCUGCUCAGUCCCUUGCGUCAGGCACGACAGUCCCCAGCGCCUCGUACUGUUGGUGAGGAGGUUCAUACCGCAGUGUCCCCGAGGAGUAAGCCGGUAGCGCUCUCUAGUUCUGCUUGGGCAGCUCUCGUCGCUGGGGCGGCCACGAGCAGAUCUCCGCUCCCUGUAUCUCCGCAGGUGUUAGCCUCUGGUCGUCAUUCGCGAUCUAUCGACCUGCCUCGUGCUCUGCGCCCGCGUUUACAAACCCCAAUGUCCGCCGGAGUAGCGAGCUCUUUCAGGGAACCGUACCCCCGACCCAUCCAAAGCGCGAAACCAAGUGCGUACGCGACACGUUCGCCUGAUGUUGUCGUGCGAGAUGGUCCACGUUCUAGUAGAACCUCCGUGGCAUUGAAACCCGAUCUGGUACCUAGCACAUCCAGGACAUCCUCUACACGACCGUAUGGGUAUAUCUAA